AUGGUGCGCUCUUCCUCGCCGUAUGGUCACUUAUCACUAUCUGCAGGAGUCCCGGACCGUCAGACCAAAACAAACCUUGUAGUGAUUGACGGUCACAAUCUUUACAACAGCAAAGUUUUGGACCACCACCCUCCUCCGCGCAUUGACCGCGGUGGUGAUGACAGUGAAGCUUACCAGAGGAGUUCGUUCGGACGUGUGGAUGACAUAUGGGCAGAGAAGAACUCUGCGUGCCUUCGCGAGAUCCUUAACUUUCUUUUCCGGUCAGACUCACGAUUUUACGCCGAAAAGUACGGUGUGGCACCAGAGGACUACCGCCGGCAACUACGUUUGUACGAGAAUCCUCAAGAAUUGCUCAAGAGGCCUAUUGGAGCCUAUGUGAUCGAGCAAACUAUUUGGUUUGUUGUAAAAAGGCAAUACCGAUUCCAAACGGACAACCUGUACAACCAGCUCGAAGAUGUUGCCGUCCAACUGCUCAACUUGUGCGUACGAGAAACGCCGAAAAGCAGUCAAGUUGUCGGUCCUGAUAUUCUCUUUCUGACUCUUACCGAGUAUCACAGCCGACUUUUUGCAAAUUAUUAUAAGUGGUGUGAUUACUUAGGAGAAGAACCUUUCCCAUGGCAGAAACCACCAUGGAUGACCGACGGCUACUGUUCUGGAGGAUCUAACGAGACACCUCUUACAGACGUGACGGUCAUGGGAUGCACAGAAACGCCGACUGGGGGACCAAAAACAGUUAUUUUCUCAGUGGAAAUGCGCCAAGAAGCUCAGCAAAUGAUGUAUGAGGUGGUAUUGUUCAAACUCCUGUGGGGAGAGGCGGCCAACCUGAGGCAUACUCCGGAGCUCCUUUGCUGGCUUUUCCACUGGAUGUGUAUGGCAUGGGACCCCGACUUCAAAGCAGAGGAGGAGUUCGUCGAUCUGAUCAGGGACGUUUUGCAAAGAAUACGGGACGAACAAUGGUAUCUUGCUGGUACACUGCGGUCGCCUGAUCAUGGUGGGCGGCUCAUGUAUGACGACAUCAACGAGGUUUUCUGGGAACGAGCGGCGGUGUUGCUCCUGCGAGAAGCAAGAGACGCGGCUCUGCACGAAAUCCGAGAGACAGACACUCGUUCACAGUCCUGGAACUUGGAAAAGAAUACGGAUGCUUCUAUAAUGGAGGAGAGGCCUGGCCACUCUGAAGGGCCCCGACUAUCGUUCACCCGGGAGAAUCUAAAUAUGUUUUUUCACAAACUCUUAAACGGCACAAAACCAGGCGAAGGAGUGAAGACUUUUAUGGAGCGGCGAACCUACGUACAGCAUGUGCCGAUGUAUCUUCAGGUUCUCAGGAGCUUCUGGCGGGUCCUUGCGUGGCACGGCGUCACAUUCGCCCUUCUGUUCUUUCUCAGGGCAGUUUUUGAUGAUGAAUCUGCAGCAGAACUCGCGUUCGCGUGGAACCGAACCGUGGUGACUUCGGUUGUCUUGCACGCCGUGGGUCCUCUCUUCGAUCUUAUCCUCCUCAACUGGCGGGCCCUAACAAAACAACACUUCUGGCAAUUUUUCUUCCAGGACAAUGUUGUCAGUCUCAUGCGCAUCAUAUUCCUUGUUGUUGUCUGCGCCAUCAUCGGAAUAGAGGGCAUGCAGUCACCACUCCUCCAGUGGAACGGCACUGCUGGAGCGGCGUAUUUGCUUUUCUACUUUGCUCACGGUCUGCACUAUUAUCUUUUCGUCCGAGUCAACGGGCAGAUGCCCGUAUUUCAUUUGCUUUGGAAGCUUCCGUUUGUAAGCUGCAUCGUCAAGCCGUCGACGUUCACAGGCAACACGCCAUUGCUUGCUGAAGACAUCGGCCACGUGAUUCGAUACAUUCUUUUCUGGGUCCCGGUCAUAACACUGAAAACGAGCUACUGGCUCUUUUGCGCACUUCCAUCCUUGGUUGAGGCAACAAAGCAUAUUGAACUGGCCAUUGCAAGGCCAUGCGGCGUGAGCUCGAUGACUGUCUUCAUUGAAAGAUCACCGGCAAUGCUAAAAGCAGUGCUUUGGACUCCUGCCUUCCUCAUCUGGCUCUUCGAUCUCCAGAGAAAGAAGACCGCGUCCCCAACAAAAGACCCAAGCUUGAUAGGAGGGAAAGCAUGCGUCGAGCCUUUUCCAGGGUGGACUCACCGGGCUGUCCACUGCGAAGUCCUCGACGACCGCGCCAUUGCGCGGAAGCGGUUCGGCUUCUUAUGGAAUGAGGUCGUUCACAGUUGGAGGUUAGAAGACAUCAUUUCAAAUGCCGAGGCGGAAAAGCUCUGCUUCAACGAGCUGCCACUUCUCGCGAUAAGGAAUGGGGACUGGUCGCUGACGUCCAUUCGCAAUGUUGUCGAGGCUAAUAUGUGGUUUGAAGAUCUCCUUCACAUUGAGGCCUGUACCGAAGUCGCUGAGGCGCUUUGCCUGUACUUUGCCAGAUACUUCGAGCACGGCGCUGACUUGGUUGACUCUAUGAUUGAUCUGUGGAGUUGGUUGAAAGAAGAUGGAAGCAGGCUUCUGUGGAUCAAUCUGCUUUCCCUCAAGGAUCUGGUGCCCAUUCUAGAUCAGCUGUUUACGGUUCUUCAGCGAACGGGAACCUGGGGGAAGAACAGAGAUUCGGAUUUAAACAAAUGCACUGAGAAGCUAAAACAGGCUCUGUCUUGUCUGAUUCUUCUGCCCAGCAGUGACCCCGAGACACUGGUGGCCGCCGAACUUCCCGAUGUUGUAAAAGAAUACCUUACGAAUAUUAACAUCUGCUUCAGCAUACCACGCAGAGAGACCAUCCCUUCAGUGUACCCACAGCCUGUCGAGGUCGAGGAGGUUAAUGGGAUGGUGCGCCAGUUUCAGAUCGUCAUGAGCCACACUCAGCAAUUACAACUUGCCCAGGAAGAAUGCCUCAGUCACGACCCACACCUAAUGCCCAUGACAGCGGAGCAGAUGGCCGAAUACCGCUGUCUCCAUGCAGUUCUCUGUGAGGCAGACGCUGAUGUCUUCGUUGGGGAGCCGGAUGAGGGUGCUCAGCGGCUGCUUAUUCCACAAACUGCAGAACCCGCUGCUUCCAGUCUUCUUCUCGCCAAGACCGAACACGCUGUAAAAAUGUAUUUCCGCCGAGCGGCUCGCAUCCUUCGCGUCAGCAACCCUUACCUUACCACCACUGAAGCAGAUAGAAGACUAAAACAGUUUGCAAACUCUCUCUUGAUGAAGAUGCCAGAAUCUCCAGAGAUUCAUAAAAUGAUUUCUAUGGUGACGUUAACACCCUAUUAUAGGGAAGAUGCAGCACUUGACCUACAGGACUUGGAAAAGCCGACUGAUGAAGGAGUCAGCAAAAUGGAGUUGCUUAGGAGUUUACACCCAAUAGAGUUUGAGCAUUUUCUGGAGCGCGUGGACCGAGAUAAAGAAAUGUUCACCAUACACCAAGAACUGGAAAACCGGGUCACCGAUUCCCUGAUGGAACGUCGGCAAGCAGCCGCCGAUGUUCGCUUCCAACUGCUCCAGAGCGGGUUGCUUCAGCGGUACGACAGGUUUUGCGAGGCUCUACAGGAGUGGGCUUCUUAUCGAGGCCAGGUUCUUAUACGCACCGUUCGCGGCAUGAUGUACCAUGAGAGAGCAAUUAGGAUGCAGGCCUACUUGGAGCAAACAUCUUAUGAAUCUCUUCAUCUGUGCCACGAUCUGAAUCGCUUGGAUUUUGGACAGCUAGAGUCCAUACGAAGUCCUGAAGCGGAACUGUGGCUCGAAGUAUUGCGACCUCCUCCUGCAUAUGAACUCUCGACGGCUGUUGCGUCUAUAGCGCGUCUCAAGUAUCAGUACAUCGUGGCAGCUCAGGAGUUCGGCAACGACAAUAAGGUAAAGCCGGCUCCGCUAGGUAAGGUGCUGGCGCCUGCCACGAGAUCCUCUUUACUCCGAAAGCUCUGGCUGUACAAACUCCUCGUUCGCAAUCCUAACCUACGUAUCGCCACCAUCGAAGCAGAAGUUGACGAACGAGGCGUUGCGACAGGGCACAAGCUAAGCAAGCUGUAUCGGCUCACAGCAGAUCCUGAUCUGCUUCGAGAGCGCAUUGCGGCUCCGCCCACGCAUGCUCAGGUCGUGGGGGAGAUCCGGUCCCGAUAUGAACGCAAGAUGGUCGUUUUGCCUGUCCCGGCUGCCCGCAUGCCGAAACCCUUUGUGCCAGUACCGCAUAUGCCUUUUUGCAAUGAGGAAGACUCUGCUCCCUCAGAACCCUUUUCCAUCAGAACCCGAGCUGGGAAAAAGAGUGGAGAUACGGACUCUGAAGCAGGCCCGCGUUCUGGGUCCUCAGCAGAUUCCUGCCAUAGUGGCUUUACUCCUGCCGCUGGGGAUUCACUCAAGAAGUGCCCGUCGUUUUCGGGAGCCAGGUCUCACGCCACGGAAACUCCACAGGUAGCGGAGGUCAUAGCGUCUAAGACAACAGGGAAACCGAAGUGGGUUCAAGAGGAAAAUUCAAGGCUGCUGAAACGCAUCGGACAUCUAGAUGGAGCCGACCAAAACGGUGCAGCUGUCGACGUAGAAUGGACAGAGUACGCCGAAGAGUGCACCGAAGACGAGGAUGAUAGCCCCGAUAGCAGCAGUGAGAAACAAGAGAGACUUGGCAUGGCUGAGCGACUUCGCAGGAAAGAAGCCUGCCCUCAGGAUGAACCUGUUUCUGGGACGCUUGACCGUAAAAUUGCAGAUAUGAUAAGGCGCAUCCAGCAGCGAAAACGGCAAGACCAGAAAGCUGCUGAGCAUGCUCAGACUUUGCUUCGCAAGAUGACCGCCAAAUCUGGACUGCCUCUCCGAAGACUAUCAACAGCGAUGAUGCAGGGAAACGACAGUGACACCGCCGAAGCCACGCAUUCCCAGUGGACCCGGAAUGAGGCGAAGCAUUUGGCCUCCUGCGAUAGCACCCUGGGAACAAAGAUUUCUUGUACUGAACCCAGCUCCUCAGCGUGUGCCACUCUGUCUGCCUGCAUCGGUCUCGACAACAGGUUCACAAGGAACCACGUUUUCGGUCAAAGUGAUUCGGCGUGGGCAGGAACGCGUUCGUCUGAAGACAACUUGCAAGCUAGGAAAGGUGGAGUGGCCACCUCCACUCCGGGGUCUCGUAAACCUGGACAUAGCGGAAAAGGACUACAACAUGGACGCCGACCAGAGAUGGUGUGGCUGUCACGACGAGGGCCAAUGCGAUUGGAGGCUGUGUAUACAGUGCGGCUGCCUUUAGUCUUAGACGAGAAAGGAGAGCCGUGGGGACGGUACCCGAUUAUCGGUCCCGGAAAACCGGAGAAUCAGAACCACGCGAUGAUUUUCACAAGAAUGGAGACAAUGCAGGUGGUCGACAUGAACAUGGAAGGAUACCUGGAAGAGACACUUAAGCUGCGGAAUCUCUUACAGGAAUUUGUUGCCCAUCCGCGCAUGAGAAUCCUUGAGCAUAAGUACAAAGGAGUCACAGAGUCAGCUCUACAAUACGUCAUAGCACCGACAACCUACGUGCAAUUUCAGCUGGGCCUGCUUUUGAUUGUGCCGCUAGUGGUGUGGCUCUUUGUAGAGAAGGGUUGUUGGGCUGCCUUGACCAGGUCUGUGGAUAUCUUUCUUAAACUUGCAGUCGCCUACUACAAUUUUAUGGUUGGCACAAAGGCGUCUGUUAUCGACCACGUCCUUAUCUACGGGGGGGCAAAAUAUCAAGAAACAGGUCGUGGCUUCGUUAUCUCCCACGCGACAAUGAAGGACUUGUGGCAGUUCUACUACUUCACUCACUUCUGCAUUGGCUUGGAGAUGAUGAUGCUCCUUUUUAUCUAUUCUGGCUACUGCGGCUUCGAUGCUGGCCUGUAUUUCUUGGAUGUUUGGCCCCUGUUGCUUAUGGCACUGUCCCUUCUGUUCGUUCCCUUCCUCUUCAAUCCCCUUGGAAUGUACUAUCCGCGCUUGCUGGAAGACUUUUCGAGCUGGAGAAAAUGGAUGUCAUCGCCGGAUGUAAGACAUGACAAAGCUUCAUGGUUAGCAUGGUGGCGGAGCGAAAUGGAAACAAGAUGUGGCAUUGCUUGGCAUCACCAACUGAUUUUGGUCAUCCGGCUGUUCCGCUUCUUGGUCCUGUCCAUUGGCAUGGUUUCCUGCGUCGCAAUGACUUUCCACUACAUCGGAGGCUACUUUGUCUUCCUCGUUCCGAUACUGCUGUCAGUUUUCACCUUGAGCUUUCACAAAAUUCAAACGCGAAUUUUGUUCAAUCCUAAUUUUGUCACAAUAGUAAAGAGUGGUCUAGUACAGCGAGCAGAGGUCAUGAAAAAAGGACACGGCAAGGAAUAG